GGGAUGCGGUUCGGGCCGGGCGCGGCGGUGCGGCUGCUGCUGGCGGCGCAGGCGGCCGCGGCCUUCGAGCCCGUCAGCGUGGCCCUGGCCGUCGGCGCCGUGUCGGCCCUCACCGGCUACCUGUCCUACACGGACUGGUACUGCCGCUUCGCCGAGUGCUGCGGGGAGGAGCGGCCGCUCAACGCCUCUGCCCUCCAGCUGGACCUGCAGAAGCUGUUCGGACAACAUCUGGCCACGGAAGUAAUUCUCAAGGCGCUGAGCGGCUUCAAGAACAACAAAAACCCCAAGAAACCGCUGACCCUGUCUUUGCACGGCUGGGCCGGCACCGGCAAGAACUUUGUCAGCCAGAUCGUGGCCAACCACCUGCACCCCCGAGGCCUCAGGAGCAAUUUCGUGCACCUCUUCGUGUCCACGCUCCACUUUCCCCAUGAACAGAACGUCAAAAUGUACCAGGAUCAGCUGCAGAAGUGGAUCCACGGGAACGUGAGCGCCUGUGCCAGCUCCGUGUUCAUAUUCGAUGAGAUGGACAAGCUGCACCCUGGGGUGAUCGACGCCAUCAAGCCCUUUCUGGAUUACUAUGAGCAGAUUGACGGCGUGUCCUACCGCAAGGCCAUCUUCAUCUUCCUCAGCAACGCCGGUGGCGACCUCAUCACCAGGACAGCGCUGGACUUCUGGCGGGCGGGCCGGAGGCGUGAGGACAUCCAGCUGAAGGACCUGGAGGCCGUGCUGUCCGUCGGCGUCUUCAACAACAAGCACAGUGGCCUGUGGCGCAGCGGGCUCAUAGAUAGGAACCUCAUCGAUUACUUCGUCCCCUUCCUGCCCCUGGAAUAUAAACACGUGAAGAUGUGUGUGCGAGCCGAGAUGCAAGCCCGGGGCCUGGCCGUGGACGAGGCUGUGGUCGCCAGCAUAGCCGAGGAAAUGACGUAUUUCCCCAAAGAUGAGAAGAUCUACUCGGACAAGGGCUGCAAGACGGUGCAGGCACGGCUGGAUUUCUACUGAGCCCCACACCACCGGGAGCAAGCUCCGGGGACUGGACCGGGGACCGCAAGGCCCAGCACGCUUGCCUGUCCACCCUGGGCCUCACCCUCGGCCCAGCACAUUGGAGAGCUUGGUGCAUUUGCCCCGCGGACAGUGGGGAUACACGAGCAGAAGUUUUUUCUGAGUUCAUUUUCAGAAAAGACGGUGAUUUGCCCAGGACCCUGGUCAUUUUGUGAAAUGACAGUGGUCCUCCUUGUGGCAGCUGAAGGUGGACUUCAGAAAUCCCCCUGAUGCUUACCAGCGCAUGUGAGGGCCUGAAAACAGCCGUGUGUGCCCCGAGAGGCCUGCAGCUUGGGUCUGGCCCGCGGCACCCGUGCCCGGGAGUGUGGGCCCUGCUGCUGUCGGAGGCUUCAGGAUUCAGCGUCCUGCCCCGUGGCUGGAAGGAGUUUGGCAAGGGGCACCUGCAGCUGAGUGCGUGUCCAAAUGGCAGUUGUGCUGGCCAGCUGAGCCCUUAGCCUGGAGUGCUGGGCAGGCCGGCGGAGGCUUCCUGUAGGCCUCCAGACUGGGCAGAGAGGACCGCUCUGUGGGGGCCUGUCCUGCUGUGGAGACAGCCCUGGGCUGGAGAGUCCUACACGUGGCUUUCGGUUGAACCACAUCUACAUGUCAGUCACUGCCGGCUGUCCUGCGUCUGACACAGUGCAUGUCACUAAAUGCGGACAGACCGAGAUGUCCGCUGUACAUCCCAAGCGGAUCAGCCACCCGCUGGGCCCUGCAGAACACUCUGCGAUCCGAGUCCGUGGGGGCCAAGCAGCAGCGCCGUGGCACGCUAGGGUUUGUGAGGAUGCAUUUUUAGCUUUUUUUUUUACUUCUCAGGGUCCUCAGUAAGGGAAGCAUAGGGUGUAUUGUGGGUUUUAAAUCACGAGAGACACGGUAUGGGAUGGUGCUUCUUCCUUUCUCGGGUACCGCCAGUGGCACCGUGUGCCUGCAGUUGCGGAGUGAGGCGAGGUUGCUCUGGAGCAGCCACUGUGCCUAGGGAUUCGUCUCAGGGUGCUCUGUGUGGUUGAGUGCCAGGGCGGCCUUGAGGACCAGGGAGUCUGCCCAUGACGGCCCUGGCCGCAGCAGCAGACACGCAGGGAGGCCGGAGGGUGAGGGAUGAUGGCGGAGUGAUUGUUCAGCAGCACAGACGCACCUCGGGAGCUGACGCAGUCUGGUGUUUCCGGCACGAGUUCCUGAACUGGAGCGGAGUUACAUUUCUUUUGGGUGUCUAGGUGAGAGGAGACACGGUUUUCUGUCGGUGAUGACGCAAUAAAUGACACUGGUGGUCA